UCGUGUGGCCUGUGAAUCCGAAAGCAAUCGGAGAGAGUGAGAGCGAGAGAAGAAAAUUGCGCAGAAGUGAGAUCGCGGGCACGAAUUUCACGUGCCCAUGAAGCAAACGUGGGGAUGAAUGCAGCGGGAGAGACGGGGGGAGGGGGCGAGUGACGCUGCAGUUGAAGGAUUUGAAGGGAGCAGGGAGAUGUUGCGGGUAGGGUUAGAAAUCGAUUGACAGGGGGGAUGGGUGUGUGGAGAGGUCGAUCGCCGUUUUCCCUUGUGCUCAGAUUGCUGAUUGUGCCCAUGAUUGCUGUGUUGGGAUUCCAUUAUGCUUCCUUCAUUUCUGUUUCGGCUAGGGACCCACAAUUCAAUGGGAAGAGCCUCUGCAGCAGCGGUGCCGCUGCUACGUGCGCGGAGCAGUUGAUGGCUUUGUUCUCGGGCCCCGUUCGAGCCGGCAAUUUGACUGCUGCCCGAGCAGGUGAGCUGCGGUCCUGUGUUCGACCGUUGGUGCCCUACCAUGAGAUUUCGCCCUCGUCUGGGUGCGUUCUCGAUGACGAGUCCUAUGCGGUGCCGUCCACUCGGCGGCGACGAAGAAGGCUACAAGAGAGCCAGUUUGCAAUGCCGCAGUUCAGCUCUGUGGAUGACUUGUUUGAGGUGAAUGCAAUGUUGGUGAAUGGAGGCGAUAUCGAUGGCGAUGCGCGUGAGAAAAUGGAGAGGCUUGCUCAGUGGCCCCCUCCUGAAAUCCUUCAAUUGGCUAAGAGAGCAGUAGAAUUUGGAGGUGAUCCGUCCGCGGUCUUAACCGAGCUCUCUCCGAUCAGACACUCGGUCCCUGACGUGGAAAACUCCACUGCGGAGCGUUGCUCUCUAACGAAGUACGACUACGGGAACAGAUUUGACGACGACGUGAUCAAUUCGUACAUUGUCUUUCUGUAUCACGCCAUCAGCAUGCUAUCGCCUUUUGUUGGGUUAAACGUGUCACUCAGCCGCUUUGACCUUUUCCAUGGCCAUAUGUUCACUUCGUACGACACAAGUCGGCUUGGCAUUUUGUUUCAUUCACGGGAGUACCCUGCAUAUGACGAAAAGACAUUUCCUCUUAAUCUGGGAUUCUGCCAGAAGGGUUCUUCGAUACCGUAUGACAAAAGUAUGGACCUGCGAAACAUUUUGUGGUUAGCUCCACUAGUAAGGUGCACAAAGCAAGGAAUUGCUGAUGACUGGCUCGCCUCAGGUGCACUCCUGAUCCUGGACGCAAGAGAAGGUGGUGUUGUGUAUCGAGAGCUAGUUCCUGAAUAUCUUGACUACGUACGAACAAUAUCAGAGGACGAAUUUGGAGAUCAUGUUGCGGAUAUCAACUAUCUCAACCUCGACAUUUCGCCACCAGAACGUAGGGUAUUCAUUUGCUAAGAUGUGUGUGGUACUCUCAACUUCUUCAGGGCACCCACCAAUCCAUCUACUUGCCUCAGUUGCGUGUAACAUUAUAUUCCAUUUCAUUUUAUUUUUAUCAACAAAGUGAUGAUUUAAUCGGAGAAGGGUUUCAGGAUGGAAAGAUGUCAAGCGAACUGUAAUUUGAAUCAAUGUUACUCAUUCGUAGGGUUUCAUGUAUUGGUUUAAUACGUGGACCAUUUAGACCUAUGAGGUAGUUCAAGCUGAUAAACACCAGAAUAAAUCAAUAAAAGUGUUGGUAAAAUACGCUUUCACUUGCAA